AUGACCAGUCUUUACGAGGUGCUGGAAAUCAGCGCAGAUGCCACGCAGAUUGAGAUCAAGAGAGCGUACCGGAAAUUGGCAUUGCGGUGGCACCCCGACAAGGUGUCGGAUGAGGGUGUGCGAGAGGAGAGUGAGCUGAAAUUCAAAGAGAUCAGCGCGGCGUACGAGGUGCUGGGAGACGAAGAGCGGAGAGCUCAUUACGAUACGUAUGGCGACGAGCAGUCCAGCGCGGGUUUCGGUUCUGGGUUCCACGACCAGUUCAAUGACGACGCGUUUAUGAAUUUCUUCCAUAACUUCAACAUGGACUCGGAGAUGCCUGGGGACGCGGGAGCUGCGGGAGCAGCGGGAGCGCAGGCCCUCUCUUCUCCAGACGUGGAGGUGCCGCUGGAGGUGUCGAUGGCCGACAGUUACAACGGUAAAAGCUUCAAAUUCAGGUCGAGCAGGAAAAUAGUGUGUGACCGGUGCGAGGGAUCAGGCUGGCGCAGAAGGAAUGGCCACCUCGUUGCGCCACCAAUAGUGACCUGUAAGAAAUGUGGUGGAAGAGGGUACAAGCAGAGAAUAAGGAGCAUUGCACCGGGGUUCGCGACGUCAGAGAAUAUCAAAUGUAUCCACUGUUCGGGCCUGGGCAAAUACCCUGCAAGGCCAAAUACGGAGAAGAGCAAAUGCAAAAAGUGUCAAGGAGUUGGCUUGGUCACAGAAUCCAAAGUACUGUCUGUUUCCAUACCCCGUGGCUCCAAAAAUGGCGACCGUAUCGUUCUACCCAAUGAAGCAGAUGAAGCCCUGGGGAAGUCAGAGGCUGGUGAUCUGGUAUUCGUCGUGAAAGAAGGAACUGAAUGUCCGGAAGGGGUUGAUCUUCAGCGAUGUGGUUUUGACAUGAUUACCCAUUUGACGAUCUCUCUCGCAGAGGCGAUCACCGGCUUCAAUAAAAUUUUAACGAGAACGCUCGAUGGCAGAGUUCUGAAACUGAAGAUACCACCGGGUAAAGUUAUCAGACCUGGUGAGUUCAUCAAGAUAAAAAAUGAAGGCUGGCCAUCGAAUGAAAAUGCCACCAAAUUUGGUGAUAUCUAUGUCAUAAUUCAUAUCGAAUUUCCCCCAGAUAAUUGGUUCAGUGAAAAGGGUGACUUGUUACAGGUCAAAAAUAUUUUACCAGGAUCAUCGAUGCAGAAUGGUUAUAGUGAAGACCCCUAUAAUACCGAAUGCGUAACAGAUAUCCAUAUUAUUAGGGAGCUGCCAGACACUAUUACAAAGAACGUCAAGCCAAAGGCGGAUGAGCGGAGAUCAGAAGAUUUUACAUCUUCACAAUGCUCUCAACAAUAG